AUGGCGGUAAACUUCAAUUAUAUUUGCUUCGUUUUUCUUUCUUUUUUAUUCUUCAUCAAAGAAGGGUUUGUGCAUUUGAACCCGAAAGAGAGGAGUUUGUUUCCUUGGUGCUUGCCUUCUUCAAGAAUGGGUUUAAAGCCCUUUAAUUUUGCUUUGAUUUUGUUCUCUCCAGCCAACACCAUGCUAGAAGAAAAAGACACCAUUGGUGAAGAGAGCAACUUUUCCUUGGAAUUGUCUCUUUCAUGUGACUAUAUGUCCAGUUCUGGAGAUAAGGGAAAAGAAGAUAAGAAGAGCACUGAAGUUGGGGAGAGUAAUAGCUAUGAACAUCAAAGAAAAGAUAACUGCUGGGAGAAGAAAAGCGAUGGUCUUUCUCUGGAACUGAGCGAUGCUUCAUUAGGAUUGUCUCCAUCAGGGGAAUAUACUUUUAUGUUCAAAGGAAAGAGUGAUGCAACUGAUGAAGGGAAGCAGGAGAGGUUUGAAAUAGGCGAAUGUAGCAAGCAAUAUCAAAGAAAAGAACAUGAGCAUAGGGUUGGAGGUCUUUCUUUGCAACUGAGUCUGGGUUUUAAUGAUAGUACUUGCACUUCCAAGAAGAGAGAGAGAAUGGAGAAUCCUAGCAGUGCAAGAAGAGUUUCGUCCUGCAGAAACAAGAGAAUUAAAGUUGAUAGGAAAGAAGCGAGUAUGUUGUUUUUGACUGAAUUGAGGCUCGGCCAUGAUCCUUGGUGCAUUAAAAAGACGCUUACUGGAAGUGAUCUUGGCAACAUGUCUAGGCUCAUGCUGGCAUCAGAGUGCGUAGAACAUCAUGUUUUUCCAUUCUGGACUGCUGAUCAACUUGCAAAAGUUAAGGAAGGGUUGCCAGUUUCUGUGUGGGAUUGCGAUACAAAUACUGAACAUGAGCUGGUUUUCAAGCAGUGGAACAAGGGGGCCAACGUGCUUAUCAAGAAUUGGGUCAAGGACUUCGUGAAGAGGAGGGAACUGAAGCUGGGGGACGAAAUUGGCCUUUACUGGGACACAUGCAAUUCAAGAUUUCAAUUUGCUGUCCUUAACCGAGUUGCAAGGAAUUAA